UUUUCCUCAAAAAAAAUCUGUUACAUAAUUUACUCAUAAAAUAAUGCAAAGCUUUUGUUAACAAUGUUAGUAAUACAUUCUGAAUAUUAUGUUAUUAUAUAUGCAUAUGCAUAUGUACACCUCCGUUUUAAGCCGUCGCGUUUUAUUUUGAAGUAACAGCAUAAAGCAGAAGUGUAAUACUAAAUAAGGGAACUUGACGUGAGCUCUUCUCUGAUUGGACAAUCAUCUUGCCGCUCAGCCUGGCCAAUCAGAGAGCAGCUGAGUGAAAACAUACGCUCCGUGUACUCGGUGAAGUUUUAUUAUUUUCGGCUUCGACAGUAGCAGAAAAAAACAUGUCCGGACGCGGAAAAGGCGGCAAAGUGAGAGCGAAGGCGAAGAGCCGGUCCUCCCGGGCCGGGCUGCAGUUCCCGGUGGGCCGCGUCCACAGGCUGCUGCGGAGGGGCAACUACGCUCAGCGGGUCGGCGCCGGGGCUCCGGUGUACCUGGCGGCGGUGCUGGAGUACCUGACCGCCGAGAUCCUGGAGCUGGCCGGAAACGCGGCCCGCGACAACAAGAAGACCCGGAUCAUCCCCCGACACCUGCAGCUGGCGGUCCGCAACGACGAGGAGCUCAACAAGCUGCUGGGCGGAGUGACCAUCGCUCAGGGCGGCGUGCUGCCCAACAUCCAGGCCGUCCUGCUGCCCAAGAAGACCGACAAGGGCCCCAAGAAGUAG